AUGAUUUCAUCCACAUUUGCCCCGACCUUAUCGCGAAGGGACACGGCCAAGCCUGGCGGAGGUCAUGACGGCAUCCACAGCAGUGCACCUCCGGUGUCCAGUGGUGGUGGGCCAUUUGGACCGCAGAGUGCGAGUGCCAUUUAUCAACAAAUUCAUGACAUGGCUGCAAAACGGACGUCAACUUUGGAUUAUUUGAGAAAGGCCCUGGAAGGCCGCGCCUAUUGGUUUAAUACAGUCCAUUUCUCCCGAGCAGAUAUCAGUCGCCUACCAUAUUUUGAAGCCCGCAAGCUUUCCCGGCGAGCGGUCAACUACCUCCUUCUGGGCCUGUCGCUACCAUCGAUUCUUGACGUCAAUUCAACACCCUUCGAGUACUUGCGAGCCCUCAACGCCCUGCUACUCGAGUUUGAGGCGUUUCAGCAGGUUCAUCCACCCGAUGGCAGCUCUUCUUCCAGUCUUGCGCGAGCACGUAUUCCUCAAAUGUUCAAGCGGGCAGCACACGCGGGUACGAAGACCCGACGUGCUAGCUCGGCCACAGAGAUUGGCCUACCGAUGCAGUCUAGUGACCCAACGGAUUUGAAAAAUACAGCAGGCAAUAUCACAUCCCCAUCUACAGCAGCCGCCUCGGUCAUCUCAUUUCCUCUCACCGAAUCUUCAGAUCUCUUGCCUGGGGAGGAAUACACAUAUCUGCUCACACCAUCGUUACCUUUCGAACCGGACUUCUUUGAAACCUUUGCAACCCUCUGUGAUGUCCUGAUCGAUUCUUACAAUCGAAUCACAGCACUCGUGUCGUCACCCUCCGUCUGUACAGUGGCCCUAGGGGAGGCUUUCUCUAAAGCGGAUGCCAAGCUACGAAAAAUCAUGGUCGCGGGUGCAGUGCGAGAGUUUGAAGAUGCCAGUCGCAAUGGCGUCAAGAACGAGGUUUCUGGUGUCAGCCGUGUCGUACUUGGUGGAUUAUUAGGAUAA